CAAAAGAUUUUACAAAUUUAUAACUUGUAAUAUUAUUAGUGAAUAAUUCAAAUUAUUACCAUUUAUUGUCCUCUUUCUGGAUGAUACACGUGUGCGAAAAGUUAGGUUAUAAUAUUGUUUGGAUCUUGCUUUAGAUAUAGAUAAUCAUGACAAGAUAUACAAGGGCAAAGGGAUCCAAAGCUUCAAAUGAACGCUUACCCAAUGAUGCUACUCCAUGGCAUGUUAUGAAACAGCAAUUAACUGAAAAUGAAACAGAAAAGAAGGUAAAAACAGCGAAAGAACUUUUAAGUGAAAAACACGAAUCCAUUGAUAAUACAGCAAGUAAUAGUUGGGCAAGUUUUGAUGAUGAGAAAUACGAUAAAAAAGUGACUCAAGAUGCGAUAUCUAACAAAAUUAAAAAGAGAAAACAUAUUAACAAUGAGAAUAAAUCAGAAACCCAAAUGGAAAAUAAUGUUAAUUUAGAUAAAAAAAUAAUAGACAAUGAAAAUAAUUCUGUACAAUCUCAUCAAGUUUUAAGCAAACGACAAAAACGUAAUAUGAAAAAACAGAAUAAGAGUCUGCAUGAUUCAACUACUACAACUUCAACAAACGAGGAAGAAUCUAAAAUUAAUAAUACUGAUCUUCCUAAUUCAAAUCACAAUGAUAUUAAUUACCCUUCAAGGUUCAAUAAAAAUUAUCCAAAUGGAAAUAAUUACUUUAAUAAUAAAUUUAAUCAUUAUAAUGGUAAAAUGUUCAAACAAAAUAAUAAAAGGAAGCCUCCAAAAAUUAAAGAUGACAAAGAACAUAAAAGAAGAAAGCCUGAUUGUGGACCUAUCAAAAUGAUGCUUAAUGGGGUAGAAAUAGAGAUAGUCAAGUAUGAUGGAUUUCCAGUAAAGAAAGAAGAUGCAGAGAGAUUAAAAGAUUUACGACAAAAAAUGGUAAUGCAAGGUAUACCAAAAUCAGAAAUUGAUAUUGCAAUGAAAUUGGAAAGAAGAAAAGCUGAAAAGGAAUUGGCACGUGCUAAAAAGCAUGUUUGCUUUCAUUGUCGUAAAUCUGGUCAUAAUUUAUCAGACUGUCCUGAACUUGCAAACGAACAAUCUGGUACAGGGAUUUGUUUUAAGUGUGGUUCAACUGAACAUACUCAUUUUGAGUGUAAAGUGACUAAAGCUCCAGAAUACAGAUAUGCAACUUGCUUUAUCUGCCGUGAACAAGGACAUAUUUCCAAACAAUGUCCAGAUAAUCCUAGAGGUAUCUAUCCUGAUGGAGGAGCUUGCAAAAUUUGUGGAGAUGUUACGCACUUGAAAAAAGAUUGUCCAGAUUUAAUCAAAGAAAAAGAAGAAUCUAUAAUAACAGUAGAUAAAAUUACGGACGGUACUUUAGAAUCUUUGGAUUCAAGCAUUGAGAAAAAUAAGAGUGAUAAAGAUAAAAAUAAUACAAAAAAUAAAAUAGUAAAAUUUUAAAUUUUGCGAUGAAAAUAUUAACUUCUUUC